CGUCACCCUCAUCUCUGGGCAACGGAAAUUUUCCCAUCCUCUUUUUGCACGAUUCCGUUAAUUGCUGCUAUUGCAACUGGACCAACCACCGCCCUUGAAGACACACACGCCCAGACAUUGGAAGGAUGCUGGUGGGAUUCAGGGUGGGACUGGGAGGGGAGGGCCGCCGCGGGUGGUUGGGAAGCAUCCGUCCCACGAAGUUGGGAAACCGCCGAUCCGGAGCCGCCGCGUGGCCGGGCAGAAGCUCUUUUUCCUAGUCCGGAUGCCGCGAUAUGA